GAAACGGUGGCGGCGCGUUCGAAUGACCGCAAGCACCGGAUAUUUUGUCAAUACAGGCCAGUUUAUUUGCAGCGUGUGUGAAAAGUGGCUCACCGCGUGGGUGUACGAGUGUGAGGGACCAGAGUCAGCGAAGAGUUUAGCCGGUGUGUGCUGCAAUUGUAGGAAUACCAAUUUAGUAUCGGUGGUGCUUUAAUGACGCAACGCUAACCAGACGCAUCGAACCCA